AUGAUAUUUUCCACUUUGGCUACUUCUGUAGUUUUGGCUGCUUCUUCUGUCUUAGCCACUCCCAUUGCCAACCAUGGCCAUCACCUCCACAAGCGUGCUAUUGUGACUGACUACGUUCAUGUGACCAAGUAUGUCUACGAGAAUGCUCAUGUUUAUGUCGACCAAAACGGCAAUCCCGUCAGUACUGCCUUUGAAUUUAUCUCUGCUGCUGCUCCCGAGGCACCUACUCCUUCGACUACCACUAUUGUUAUUUCUUCCAGUUCUGUCGAGGAUGUUCCAUCAUCUAGUUCGACUCCUGAACCUGAGCCUACUACUAGUUCCACUUUUACCUCGACCAUUAUUGUAACUCAGCCUUCUUCUACUCCUGAGGCUGCUCCUUCUAGCACUUCGACUCCCCCUCCUCCACCUCCUCCUUCCACUACUUCCACCCCUCCUCCUCCUCCCCCUGUUACUACCUCUUCCCCUCCUCCUCCCCCAACUACCACUUCGACCCCUCCUCCUGCUACUAGCUCCGUUGUUGUCGUUUCAUCUCCUGCCGCGCCCGCUCCUUCCAGCUCUGGUUCCGAUUCUUCUUCGGCUGGAUCUGGUCAAUUCUCUGGACAAGCUACUUUUUACGAGGUCGGUCUUGGCGCUUGUGGUAUUACCAACACUGAUUCUGACUUUAUUGCUGCACUAAAUGCCCCUAUGUUUGGUGACUUCCCCAACCCCAAUGCUAAUCCUAACUGUGGUAAGAAGGCUCAAAUCUUCCGUAAUGGUAAGUCUGUUACAGUCACUAUUACUGAUAAAUGUCCUACUUGUGCUUAUGGCAAUCUUGAUCUGUCGCCUGCUGCAUUUGAUGUCAUUGCUGACCCUGCUGAGGGUCGUGUUGAGAUUACCUGGUCUUGGGUCUAA